GCUACUGUUACGCCGUUUAGUUAACCUAAAGAUUUCGAAAUGCGCUGCUGGUUUUUGGUGCUAAUUGCCUUGCUCGGCUGCUCCUUGAGCGUCUCGGGCCGCACGCUCUUCGAUGAUGAGCUGCGUGAGUUCACGGAGUUUCUGCGCUUGCAAAUGCAUUGCGGCUAUCCGGUCAAGGGCAUACCCAUCCUGGCGCCCGCUCAGUUGGCCUACAAAGAGCUAGACAUUCAAGCGGAUUCGUUUAGCGGUCGUGGCAACAUUACCAAACUGUCCAUUGUGGGCCUGGACGGCUUUGAGUUCUUUCAGCUGCAGUGGAAUAAUAUUUUCCAUACCAUCAAAUUCGAUGUUAACUUUCCCAGCAUUCACUUGAAGUCUGAGAACUUUAAGUUCGAUCUCAGUCGCUUCCUGGGCGCAACUGUCUCAACGCAGUGCGACGGUGUCUUGGAUGUGGAACUGCUUGACUUGCGGGCCAAUGGCAGCUUUGUGCUGCGUCCCUCGGGUCUAGCCAAUGGCGUUCAUGUCAUGCGCUGGAACAUCGAUUGGCAGCUGGGCAAAGCCGUUUCCCAGAUUACGGGCAUUGGUGGCAACAAACAUGUGGAAAAGGUUAUCAAUUUCAUAAUUCAAGACUUUCUACAGCUGCUCGUCAAUGACAAUCCCGAAGAGAUCUCACAGUUUAUGGAACAACUAAUUGUGCCGCCACUGAAUGAGGUGCUGGAGAAUGUGGCCUGGUAUGAAAUAACUGCAAUUAUAUUGGGCUUGGUCAAGGACGUCUUGCCCGUGGAGCCCAUUUGCUGAAGCGCCAGCUGCACCAUGAUUAAGCUUGAAUAAAG